AUGGUUUCGCUUGUCGAAGAAAUUUGCAGCCUUCUAGAGGCUCACGCGGACCGUGACAAGGUGGUGUCGCUUGUGAGUUACACACUAAAGCUCUGGGGCGCCACUACGAAAAGUCCGCCAUUAUUGACAGCGAGCGUGCGGGUCGCCGGGGCGCGCGCAACGCUGCGUCUCUUCGAUGAUGCCGCCGCGCUCAGAGCUCUCUUCAGAUAUGGUUUUGGAAAGCAAGAAGGUUUGCUUUGGGGCACUUUAGGCCUUACUAAUGGACUGUGUACGCUGUCGUACCUACAAGCGGAGAAACUUGUCUGGCUGCUAGACACCGGCGUGCUGAAACUGACUCCAGAGCUAGCUGAACGAAUUCGGAUAGCACAUAAGCUCUUCUGGUCUCUUUCUGCAUUCAUUGGACUAAGCAGGUCUCUUCGCGCUUUGCACUUGACAAGAAAGAUCCUCAAAUCACCUAAAAGACCAAAAUGCGCACCCGUACGUGUCACUCAGGCCGCUCUCACAAGUACUAAGUUACUGUUGGACGUGGUGCACGCGGUGAGCUGGCUGCCGCGCGGCUGGCUGUGGGGCGGAGCGCUCACAACCGCGCAGGCCUCCGCUGUCGCCACGGCAUCUGCUGUAUUAGCUCUUGUUGUGCAUUAUCACGGAAAGAGAUUGUUACCGCGGUAG